CCUUUGUACAAAUAUUCUCAAUUCAUACAAUCAUCUUGUGUUUAAGAGAACAUAAUUAAAAUGGCAUAUGAAGAAAUUAUAGCAGCAAAUAAUGGAUGUUUCGAUGAUGGUGUUCUUCGUCGAGCUGCAGAAUUUCCGCCAAGUCCUUGGGGAGAUGUUCUUUCCUUUCAUUUCAACAAUCACCUGGUUGAAGAUAGCGUGGUGGAGAAACAACAAUUCCAAGAAGUGAAAGAAGAACUGAGAAGCAUGUUUGCAGCUGCUGAAAAUUCUUCGAAAAGACUAAGUUUAAUUGAUUCAAUCCAACGUUUAGGUCUUUCUCACCACUUUCAAGAAGAAAUUAAUGAAGUUGUUCUUGAACAAAUUGAAAAGCUUAGAAAAGUUAACGACGAGGAUGCUGAUGAGAACCUUUACCUUGUUGCUCUUCGAUUUCGAUUGCUUAGACAACAAGGUUACUACGUUUCAUGUGAAUUUAUAAUAAAAUAUAUUUAUCAAUUCAAAGUUCUUAAAUUUUAAGAAAUAUGAAAUAGACUUUUAAAAUUUUACAGAUUUGUUAGAUAUUAUUGAAAGUAUUGAUGUGAAGCAUCCCACUUGAGAACGAAGGGAGAAAAUAUAUUGGAUGAAGCAUUAGCUUUCACAACUACUCAUCUUCAAGCAAUGGCCAUGGAUUCCAAUUCUCCAUUCUUCGAGGAAGCCAAAUAUGCAUUGAAGUGGCCAAUUUAUAAAGCUGUGCCAAGGUUUAUGGCUAGGCAAUAUAUCUCUCUUUAUCACAACAAUCCAUUGAAGAAUAAUAAUGUUCUGCUCACUUUUGCAAAGUUGGACUACAAUUCUCUCCAAAAACUUUACCACAAAGAGUUGGGUGAAUUUUCAAGGUGGUGGAAAGAUCACAAGUUGAAGGAGCUAUUACCUUUUGCACGAGUUAGAGUGGUGGAGAUCUAUGUUUGGGCAUUGGGAAUUCAAUAUGAACCAAAGUACUCUAAUACUAGAAGAAUAUUAGUCAAAAUUAUUACUUUUAUAUCUCUUCUUGAUGAUAUGUAUGAUGUCUAUGCCACACUUGAUGAACUUCAACUAUUCACCAAUGCCAUUCAAAGGUGGGAUGUGAGUUGCAUUGAGAAGCUCCCAAAUUACAUGAAAGGACUUUAUGAAACUGUACUUGAAGUUUAUGAAGAGAUUGAACAAGACAUUUCCAAGGAUAAUAAUAUUCCGUUUGCGUUUGACUAUGCAAAAGAAGCGAUGAAAAGUCUAUGCAAAGCUUACUUUAUGGAGGCUAAAUGGUUCAAUGAAGGUUAUGUACCAAAAGUGGAAGAAUAUAUGAAAGUUGCCAGCAUUUCUGCUUCCUAUAAUGUUUUUGCUUCAAUUUCUUUCCUUUCUUUAGGAAAUGUUGCUUCAAAGGAGGUUUAUGAAUGGGCUCAAACUCAGCCUAUUCUUCUUAAAGCAACUGGUGUAAUGGGCAGGCUUCUCAAUGACAUAGUUUCUCACAAGUUUGAACAAGAGCGAGGACACGUGGCUUCUGCAGUGGAAUGUUACAUGAAAGAAUAUGGAGUAUCAGAAGAAGAAGCCAUAAUUGAAUUAGAAAAGGAAGUUGGAACAGCAUGGAAAGAUGUGACAGAAGAUUACACAAAAUUUUCGUUGAAGCUCCCAAAUGUGAUCCUUGAAUGUGUGUUGAAUGUUGCAAGAAUUUCAGAUUUCUUUUAUAAGAAAGUAGAUGGUUACACAUUUGCUGAUGAAGAAACCAAACAUUUUAUUGACUUAAUGCUUACUCACCCUGUUCCAACUUGACCGACUCUAAAGCAUUAUUGUUUGAUCCGAUCCUAUAUAUAUAUACUUUCUAUAUUUGAGAUUUGUUGGUUGCUUGGUA